AUGGGACAGAUCUGUGAGAUCUCUCCGCGUUCUGAGAAGGUGUGUGAUGGCAGUGAGGAUAUACAGCAGCUACAGACACCCUUCACAGAUACAUCMCAGCUGCGUGUCACUAACAUGGUGUAUAAAGCUGUUUACGCCAUAGCACACGCCAUCCACAGCAUUGUUUGUGAAGAGAGAGAAAACUCCACUGUGAACUGUGACAAAAAUCUCAAUGUGAAGCCAACAAAGGUCCUGGAGAGAUUGAGGAGGGUGAACUUCUCUCGUAACGGGUACCAGGUGUCUUUCGAUGCCAACGGGGACCCAGUGGCAACCUAUGAGCUGGUCAACUGGCAGAGACGGGAGAGUGGGAAUAUAGAUUUUGUGACAGUGGGACUCUAUGAUGGGUCCAUGCCUCCUGACCAGAGGCUUCACAUCGAGAGGGAAAUCACCUGGGUAAAGAACAGUUCACACGUACCUGUGUCAGUGUGCAGUGAGAGCUGUCCCCCAGGCACUCGUAAGGCUGUACAGAAAGGAAAGCCUGUAUGCUGUUAUGACUGUAUCCAAUGUGCAGAGGGAGAAAUAAGUAAUAACACAGAUUCUUCAGACUGUCUGAUCUGUCCCGAGGAGUACUGGCCCAACGCUGAGAGAGACCGCUGUAUCCUUAAGCCUGUGGAGUUCCUGUCCUUCCACGAGGUCCUCGGAAUCAUCCUGACCGCCUGCUCUGUGGGCGGGGCUUGUCUGGCCAUYGCCACGGCAACYRUMUUCUACCRCCACCGAACKUCGGCCAUCGUCAGGGCCAACAACUCUGAGCUGAGCUUCCUGCUKCUCUUCUCCUUGRCWCUGUGUUUUCUGUGUUCUCUUACYUUCAUUGGCCGGCCCUCUGAGUGGUCCUGUAUGCUGCGYCACACAGCGUUUGGGAUCACCUUCGUCCUCUGCAUCUCUUGUGUUCUGGGGAAAACAAUAGUGGUGUUGAUGGCCUUCAGGGCUACRCUUCCAGSCAGUAAURUCAUGAAAUGGUUUGGUCCUCMACAGCAGAGAUUGACUGUAGUGUCCUUCACGUUUGUCCAGGCUUUGAUAUGCACUCUGUGGUUGGUCCUGUCCCCUCCCUUCCCCAUUAAAAACYUCACUACCUACAAGGAAAAGAUCAUUCUAGAGUGUGAUGUGGGUUCAGCUWUUGGUUUCUGGKCUGUGUUGGGCUAUAUAGGACUSCUSUCUCUYUUGUGCUUUGUGCUGGCUUUUCUGGCUCGGAAGCUGCCUGAUAACUUYAAUGAGGCCAAAUUCAUCACCUUCAGCAUGCUCAUAUUCUGUGCAGUCUGGAUCACCUUUAUCCCAGCUUAUGUCAGCUCUCCUGGGAAGUUCACUGUAGCUGUGGAGAUCUUUGCCAUCAUCACCUCUAGCUUUGGGUUGUUCUUUCUGUUAUUUGUUCCUAAAUGCUUCAUUAUUCUGUUCAGGCCGGAGAAGAACACCAAGAAACACCUUAUGGAGAAGACAUCSAAUGAUAUACGUUAUUAAGAAAUGAUUGAGGGGAAAAAACAUUGUAACGUUCAGUUAUAUGGUUUAUCAUACAGUUAGGUAGGACUACUCUGACAGAGAUGACCAACAAUUUAGCAGCUAAUCAUUCGUAACAUUGUAACUAGUAACAUGUAACAGGUUCACUUUAGAUAUUCCAAUGUUAUGAGAGAUUGUUCAAAGCUAGAGUGUUAAAAUGUAAUUUGACCUGCUAAAUGAUGUGAUUAGCAGUAGCCUACAGAGUGGAACCACUUCCAUGUUGUUGGAAAAAAGCUUUAUUCUUAUAUAAAUUGAUAUAACAUUGAAGUGCAUGUGUUCAAUU